AACAAACCCUAAUCUGAUCAAUUGUCUACUUCUCGCGGAAGAGCAGCAGCGCGGCGGCGUAUUGUGAGAUCGUGCGUGUAAGGUCGUCUUAACCUCAAAACAAUGGCGGCGGUGGCGUAUGGUGCAAUGAAGUCGACUAAGAUAGGGCUGGAACAGCCCCAGGAGGAGCUGCAUCGUAUCCGGAUCACCCUGUCCUCCAAGAACGUGAAGAAUCUGGAGAAGGUGUGCGCGGAUCUGGUAAGGGGUGCGAAGGACAAAGGGCUCAAUGUUAAAGGGCCUGUUAGAAUGCCCACUAAGGUUCUUAACAUUACCACCAGGAAAUCUCCUUGCGGCGAAGGAACAAACACAUGGGAUCGUUUUGAGCUCCGGGUACACAAGAGAGUCAUUGAUCUUCGUAGCUCCCCUGAGGUUGUGAAGCAGAUCACUUCAAUCACAAUUGAACCUGGUGUGGAGGUUGAGGUGACGAUCUCAGAAUCAUAAAGCCUGAUAGUUAUGUUCCUCGUUCCCAAACUUUCUAUCAUCUGUGCCUUUAUGAAGUUUAUAUAUUUUUGAGCCUUGGGUCAACUUCUCGCAAAUUCAUGUUCUCCAUUGUGUCAGUUGAGUUUGUCAUGCAUGGCUAGGUCAUGUUUCUAAAAUUUUAGAUUUUUAUUAUGACAUUUUUUCAGUUUUAAUGCCAGAUGAAUUAUCAUGUUAA